AUGGCGUUCAACAUUUUGGGUCUGAUGCAUCCGCUUCUUUCCGACGUUGCCCAAGUUGAGCCGGUAUGGGCAGACUUGAACGGAGGCAUGGACAAGCUACCCGAUCUGGCGGAAAUUAGCAUGAAAGUUCGCCAGGAGCUUAACGAAGUCGCUAACGUCCGCUCGAAGAUUAGUCUCGACAAUGCUAUGGACUUCAAAGUUAUCCAUGGUGUCGAAGCCAAAGCGAUUCACCAUCCAGUCAAAAUUUCACCUCGUGCGAACUUCACUCUACCAAUGCCCAAGCUGCGCCCCAACUUCGACAAUGAAACAAGCAUGACCUUGCUUCGUGGUAUGCUAGACCUAGACAAGGUUAUCGUCAUCGCUGGUUACGCCGAAGUUGGACCAUUUGGUAGCUCUCGUACCAGGUGGCAAAUGGAAGCCAAAGGCGAAUUCAGCAUCGAGGGCUUACUCGAAUUGGCCACAAUCACCGGUCUGAUCAAAUUCGUGGAUGGUAAACUCAAGAAUGGCAAACAGUACGUCGGUUGGGUAGAUGCUCAGACGGAAGAGCCGGUCGAUGACUCCCAAGUCAAAUCGAAGUAUGAAGCCCAAAUCUUGGCGCAUACCAGGCAUACCAGGGUUCGGUUUAUCGAGCCGGAGCUCUUCCGAGGCUAUGAUCCCAAGCGCAAGGGAUACACCCAAGAAAUCGAGCUCAAUCACGAUUUGGAAGCCAUCGAGACCUCGCGAGCUGAUGCCGAGAAGUUCAAAUUGCAGCACGGUGACAAGGUUGAUGUCUGGUUCGACGGUGACAAAUGCUUCAUCUGCUUCAAGAAGAAUGCCAAGAUUAUGAUCCCCAAAGCCGUCAGAUUCGACCGACUUGUGGCCGGCCAAAUCCCCACUGGCUGGGACGCUCGAGUCUUUGGUAUUCCAGACGAACUCAUUGCCCAAGUCGACCGAACUUCCCUCUGGGCGCUUGUAUGUACUGCCGAAGCACUCAUGAUGGCUGGGAUAACCGAUCCGUAUGAGCUAUACAAGUACAUCCAUCCCAGCGAAGUGGGAACUUCCCUCGGUUCUGGAGUGGGUGGAAUGAGCAGUUUGUCAAAAAAGUUCCGCGACAGACGUGAAGAGAAGGAUGUACAGAAAGACAUUCUGCAAGAAACCUUCAUCAACACUGUCGCCGGCUGGGUCAACUUACUCUUAAUGUCGUCCAGCGGUCCCAUCAAAACCCCAGUGGGUGCUUGUGCCACCGCAUUGCAAUCAGUCAAAAUUGCAUGCGACACCAUUCUCAGUGGAAAAGCAAAAGUGAUGAUUGCUGGUGGAUUCGACGACUUUGAUGAAGAAGGAAGUCUCGAAUUUGCAAACAUGCAAGCCACCAGCAACACCGAAACAGAACUAGCCGCCGGACGCGAACCCAAUGAAAUGUCUCGUCCGACCACCAGCACUCGAGCCGGAUUCAUGGAGUCUCAAGGAUGUGGUGUCCAAGUGCUCACGUCUGCAAAGACUGCCAUCGAGAUCGGUGCCAGUAUCUACGGCAUUGUAGCUUACACCGCAACUGCGACUGACAAAGCUGGCCGAAGUGUUCCUGCGUGA